CAACCGUGAUGGCGACGUAGAACCUAUAAAGUAAGGUGAGCGCUCUGUUGUGGAAGAAUCUCCUUUGGGAUUUCAGUUGAGUGUUAUAGGAUAUAUUUCCCAGAAUUUACCUUGUGGAUGUUCAGAGCUGUUCGUUGCACGUGGCAGGGAAACAAGCUGUUAAAUCUGUCAAAUCAGGGUGUCAGAAUCAUCAUAGAAAAUAAAAGAACAACAGGAGAAGACUCACAGCAGGCUCUUCCAUAUUUAGAAAUUAAGGAAGAAGCAAAAGGUGAAGAGAAGAAACUGCCCAUACUUCCUCCCACUCCUUUGGAGUUAUGCUGCAUGAGUGGCUGUCAGAACUGCGUCAUGAUUCAACAUGCUGAGGAAUUAAUAAAGAUGUAUGGUGACGACUCAGCAGCCAGAGCUGCUCUGGAAGAAAUUCCAGAUGAGGGUCUCAAAGCUUUCCUCAAAAUGGAACUAAUGCUAAAAAAAUAGGCACAGACAAAUGUUUGUUCUUUUCAGUGUAUUUCUAAUAAACAAAAGGAUAAAAA